UAAAUCACGUCAUUUUGAACAAUUACACACCAUUUCAUACUGUUUAUUUGUAUUUGUUUAACAUGUGUUUAAACAUCCAGGCCAGAGGGGGCGGUAGUGAGCUCCAGUCUGCUCGGUGUUUGCGCUCCGUAGGAGUGGCUCGAAUGUUUCGACAUCACCUCACCCGGCGUGAACGACAGCGGCCGAACUAGAUGGUACUUCGACUCGGUAGCUAACGCGGGGAUUAGCUUUUCUAGAGACACAUAUAUCCAUUUAUGUCAUUUUGGAGCCAGCCUGUACCACCAUGGCUCUUUACGAAUAUGUCACUCAGGACCAGCUCGCAGGCUUUGACAAAUACAAGUACAGUGCAGUGGACUCCAAUCCCCUGUCUGUCUACGUGAUGCACCCUUUCUGGAACUUUGUGGUGAAGUUUCUACCAACAUGGUUGGCUCCAAACCUCAUUACAUUUACAGGCUUUAUGUUCCUUGUGUUGAAUUUCCUUAUGUUGGCCUUCUAUGACUUCAACUUCACUGCCUCUGCUGCAGGACAUGAACAUGUGCCUAGUUGGGUCUGGGUUGCUGCAGGGAUCUUCAACUUCUUGGCCUAUACACUGGAUGGUGUUGACGGUAAACAGGCACGUCGCACCAACUCCUCCACACCACUAGGGGAGCUGUUUGACCAUGGCCUUGAUAGUUGGGCCUGCAUCUUCUUCGUGGCCACCGUCUACUCCAUAUUUGGGCGUGGGGAAAGUGGCGUGGGUGUGGCCACACUGUAUUACAUCCUGUGGGUGGUGCUGUUCUCAUUCAUCCUAUCUCACUGGGAGAAAUAUAACACGGGCAUCUUGUUCCUGCCAUGGGGAUACGACAUCAGCCAAGUGACAAUUUCCCUUGUUUACUUGGUAACGGCUGUGGUCGGCGUGGAAACAUGGUACCAGCCAAUCCUGUGGAGCUUCCUCUAUAGAGACCUUUUCACCUUUAUGAUCAUCGCCUGUUCCUUUACUGUGACCGUACCCAUGAGCCUCUACAAUGUCCUGAAGGGUCACCGCAGUAACACUCUGAAGCACAGCAGCCUGUACGAAGCCUUCCUGCCCUUCCUUUCUCCCGUCCUCCUCUUCGUCUUGUCAACCAUUUGGGUGGUCUUCUCUCCAUCAAACAUCCUUGAGCUGCAGCCCAGGAUCUUCUACCUCAUGGUGGGGACAGCCUUCGCUAAUGUUACAUGUAAGCUGAUUGUGUGUCAGAUGAGUAACACACGUUGUCAGGCUCUGAGCUGGUUGUUGCUGCCCAUGACGCCGGUGGUGUUGUUGGCGGUAACCGGGGUGGUCGCCAACGAGAUCCUUCUGCUAUAUCUGUGGACAGCAGCUGUAAUCCUAGCACACAUCCACUACGGCGUUUCAGUGGUACAACAGCUCAGCAACCACUUCAGCAUCUUGGCCUUCUCCCUGAAGAAGCCCAACACUGACUGACAGGAGGAGGAGUGGAUUGGCUUGAAAGAAGCCGAGGUUUAGGCUCCUCCUCUCCUCGGCUUAUCGACACUUCACUCUCUUCACCACGGAAACCGCAUCCUCUCCCCUCCAUCCACGAAGACACUGCAAGGGGAAUGGACUGUCUUUCCACUGU